AUGCGGUCCUUCAUCCCAUUCACUUCGGUGAACGGGAGAUACAGCCUCUUUGAGAUUCGGCUCGAGAACGAUUUUGUCGUGUUUCGGGGCAACGAACAUGAGGCCUCGGGUCAACUCCUCAAAGGCACCCUGGUGCUCUGUCUGGCCUCGUCGCUCAAGCUCGAAGACAUUCAUUUGAAAUUGAUAGGGACCACCCACUAUGCCUGGACCGAUGCUAAGAUAACCGCUACUGGCAUAUCUACCCACAAAAUCGACAAGACGCUACCCUUCUUCGAGCACCGAUGGGCGCCGUUUGUAGGAAUCGGCUCUCCAGACCCGACAGAUCAAUCUCGACAGCAGAUUAAGGGAGUCACUUUACCGCCCGGGAACUACGAAUGGCCGUUUGAGCUGAUGCUCAAUGGCGAUACGACCGAGAGCGUUGAAGGUCUGCGGGAGGCGGGUAUCCACUACAAGCUGAAGGCGACCAUUGCACGGGGAAAGCUGUUUCACGACAUACACGCCUACAAGCAGUUGCGCGUCAUCCGGACCCUCGAUCCAUCGGCGCUCGAGCUGAUUCACGCCAUGAGCAUCGAGAAUAUCUGGCCCAACAAGAUUGACUACUCAAUUAUCGUGCCUCAGAAGGCUGUUGUUUUUGGCAGCAGCAUUCCUGUCGAGAUGCGCUUCACCCCUCUGCUCAAGGGCCUCGAGCUCGGCGACAUCACCGUCAAGCUGAUAGAAACUCACGACAUUAUUCUCCAGCAGCCCAACCACACCCACAAGGAAUACAGGAAGGAGAGAGAAGUGGAUACGUGGACCAUCCCUGUGACCAGAGAGGAGCACUGGCAAGACGUGAUUCAAGACAGCGGACCGGAAGGCUGGGACGGUCAGGAAGGCUGGGUGGUCAACACGUCGCUGCCCUUGCCUAAGAAGUUGACCAAGUGCAUCCAAGACGUGAACGUCAAAGGGAUUAAGAUUCGGCACAAGCUGAAAUUAGUGGUGGCGCUCAAUAAUCCUGACGGCCACGUUUCAGAACUUCGCGCAACGCUGCCCGUGUCGAUAUUCAUCUCGCCCAACAUGCCGCUCGACGAACAAGGAAACCUGGUACGACAGCUCCCGAACGGAGCCUCCAGAGAAGCUGCCACCGUCGCGCCGCCGGCCUACGAACAUCACCGCCUGGACCAGCUUUAUGAGGACAUUGACCCCGUCAGCCUGCAUUCGCCGGUUGGCGGACGGUCAGGGGUUAGCAGCCCCUUCCGCGGCCACUCGAGGGCAGGCUCGACCGAAAAUUUGCCAGGCCUCCUUUCUCAGGGAACACCCAUUCAGCCGGACCUGCUCGCGUAUAGGUUACACAGCAUGUCCCUCGAACAGCGGCACAGGACCACUUCCUGGAACUCGAACCUUUCGGCAGCUGGAGCGGGCUCCAGAACAGACAGCGCGACGCAUCCCGGCGACGAUAGCCACAUGUCGCCUCCCCCGACUGCGCCACUCACCCGGCAUAACAGUGGCGAUGAGCCAUCAGGUCCGGACACGCCACCAGAGCAUGUUGAUUUCCCCGAGAUUGCGGAGCUUUGCAAGGUUCCGAGCUAUCAAACGGCAGUCAAGACACCGGUCAAGACGUUGGUCCCGGACGUAUUCGCCCUGCCAGACUACCAGACAGCCCUGAGCACACCAAGCUCGCCGCCCAGGUCUCCUCAGCUUACCGCGACCACUCCGUCAAUAGCGGACAAUUUGGAGACUAUCGUCGAGGGUGCGCCGGGCUCGAUCCCGGCUCUGAUAUCGGUUUCGGCCUCGGCUCCCCUUCCUGCACCCUCUUCGAGAGAGCCUACCCCUCUGUCGGAUACCCGCAGGCCUACGGGCAAUCACAGACGACAACCAUCUUCUGGCUUCUUUCAGAAUGUUCUUCACCCUGUGGGAGACGGUGACGAGGGACGCCGGUUACAACUGCUCCAGGCGCGUGGCGAAUAG